AUGGCCACCCAGCGUCACUAUUACCAGCCCGCCGUCCACACCAUGGCUAUGCCCUCCAAGGCACCGGUGUCGGCCAGCAUUUACCCUAUCUCGCGGGUCGCAGGCUCUCCACCAGAUUAUUCAGAUGCGAGCACAACUGCGGGCAGCCGCACUUCUGGCGGGCUCACAUUUAGCUCUGCCGGUGCCAGCGGUGACUACGACUCGAGUUCGGCGUCGUACUCCGGAGUGGAUGUCGUCGAUGUUUUGAGCGACCGAAUGCAAACCGCAUUUGACCCGACCCCCUUGGAUAAGGGGAUCGCGAGACAGGCGCAAACCUCCGGUCAGCUGAAUGCAAAGCAGCGAGAGCUGUUGGAGCUGCAAGCCCUAGCUCAGCGUCGUCUGAAGAGCGUCCGCGCCAACUUUGCCGAGGGCGUGAAGACCGCGCGAGAAACUAAGCGGGAUCUAGAAUGGACUCAGAAACGCGUCAGCGCGCUCAAGAGCAAGGCCGAGAAGGCCUAUCCGGACGAAUACCGCCGGGCGGCGAAGAAAUACACCUAUGAUGACUACUGA